GGGCGGGGGGGCUGGUGGCCCGGGCGCUGGUUCGGUCGCCAUGGAGUAGCCGCAGGGGGGACGGGGCUGAGCCGCGGCUGGAGAGCGCGACGCGGACGGACACACGGCGGGACAAGGCCCCCGCAGCUUCCCUUAGGCGCAGGCUAACGUGAUAGCAUAUAGUUGGGACAAUGGAGUCCAUGCUGAAUAAGUUGAAAAGUACCGUUACAAAGGUAACAGCUGAUGUCACCAGUGCGGUCAUGGGAAAUCCUGUUACCAGGGAAUUUGAUGUUGGACGACAUAUUGCCAGUGGUGGCAGUGGGCUUGCUUGGAAGAUCUUUAAUGGAACUAAAAAGUCAACAAAACAGGAAGUUGCUGUUUUCGUCUUUGAUAAAAAGUUAAUAGACAAAUAUCAGAAAUUUGAAAAGGAUCAGAUUAUUGAUUCUUUAAAGCGAGGAGUUCAACAACUAACAAGGCUUCGACACCCUCGACUAGUUACCGUCCAACAUCCAUUAGAGGAAUCCAGAGAUUGCCUGGCAUUUUGUACAGAACCAGUCUUUGCAAGUUUAGCUAAUGUUCUUGGCAACUGGGACAAUCUACCCUCUCCUUUACCAUCUGAUAUUAAGGAAUACAAACUUUAUGAUGUGGAAACCAAAUAUGGCUUGCUUCAGGUCUCUGAAGGUUUGUCCUUUCUGCACAGCAGUGUGAAAAUGGUCCAUGGAAACCUUACUCCUGAAAAUAUAAUUUUGAAUAAAAGUGGAGCAUGGAAAAUUAUGGGAUUUGAUUUUUGUAUUCAGUCAACAAAUCCAUCUGAACAAGAGCUGAAGUUUCUAUGUAAAGAAUGGGACCCAAACGUGCCAUCCUUGUGUCUUCCAAAUCCUGAGUAUUUGGCACCAGAAUACAUCCUUUCAGUGAGCUGCGAGACUGCCAGUGACAUGUACUCUUUAGGAGCUGUCACGUAUGCAGUAUUUAAUAAAGGGAAACCUAUUUUUGAGAUCAACAAGAAGGAUAUUUAUAAAAGUUUCAGUAGACAGCUGGAUCAGCUGAGUCGCUUAAGCUCCACUACACUUCAGAAUAUACCAGAGGAAGUACGUGAACAUGUAAAACUACUAUUAAACGUAGCUCCUGCAGUCAGACCAGAUGCAGAUCAAAUGACAAAGAUACCAUUCUUUGAUGAUGUUGGGGCAGUGACACUCCAAUAUUUUGAUUCUUUAUUCCAAAGGGAUAAUCUUCAGAAAUCACAGUUUUUUAAAGGGCUACCAAAGGUUCUACCGAAACUGCCUAAGCGUGUUAUAGUGCAGCGAAUUUUGCCUUACUUGACCUCAGAGUUUGUGAACCCUGAUAUGGUACCCUUUGUUUUGCCUAAUGUUCUGCUGAUUGCUGAGGAGUGCACCAAAGAAGAGUACAUCAAGCUAAUUCUGCCUGAUCUUGGCCCUGUUUUUAAACAGCAAGAACCAAUCCAGGCUAGCAACAUGAUUUUGUUGAUUUUCUUGCAAAAAAUGGACUUGCUCCUAACCAAGACUCCACCAGAUGAAAUAAAGAAUAGUGUCCUUCCAAUGGUUUAUAGAGCCUUAGAAGCACCUUCAAUUCAGAUUCAGGAACUUUGCCUUAACAUAAUUCCUACGUUUGCCAACCUAAUAGACUACCCAUCGAUGAAAAAUGCAUUAAUACCAAGAAUUAAAAAUGCAUGUUUGCAAACUUCCUCUCUUGCUGUCCGCGUGAACUCCUUAGUGUGCUUAGGAAAGAUUUUGGAAUAUUUGGAUAAGUGGUUUGUACUUGAUGACAUUCUACCCUUUCUACAACAAAUUCCAUCCAAGGAACCUGCAGUGCUUAUGGGAAUUUUAGGUAUUUACAAAUGUACAUUUACUCAUAAGAAGUUGGGAAUUACCAAAGAACAACUUGCGGGAAAAGUAUUACCCCAUCUUAUUCCUCUUAGUAUUGAGAACAAUCUUAAUUUCAAUCAGUUCAAUUCCUUCAUUUCUGUCAUAAAAGAUAUGCUUAGUAGAUUGGAGGUUGAACAUAAGACCAAACUUGAACAACUUCAUAUUAUGCAAGAACAGCAAAAAUCUUUGGAUAUAACUAAUCAAAUGAACGUAUCUGAAGAGACAAAAUCUAAUAGUACAGGUAAUCAGAUUGACAAGAUGUUUAACAAUACUGGAAAUGACGUUCCAACUAGUGGAUCAGAUAGUAAAGAAAAUGGGCUGUCAUCAAAACAGAAAAAGGUGUCACUUACACUUGAAGAGAAGCAAAAGUUAGCAAAAGAGCAAGAACAGGCACAAAAAUUGAAAAACCAGCAACCACUUAAGCCUCAAUCACAUGCAAUCAUAGCUCCAGUCAAACAGACAAAGGACUUGACAGAUACCUUGAUAGAUAAUAUGUCGUCUUUGACCAGCCAUUCCAUCAGCAAACCUAAAGUUGCUUCUUCAAGUAGCUUCUCUUCUGUCCCAUCUAUGGGUGUUGGAAUGGGAUUUUUAUCACCUGUUGACAGCACAAAGAGAAACAUAGCAAAUGGACUAAAUACUAAUAUGGGAUUUCAGACUUCUGGAUUCAGCCUUGGGGCAGGUACUACAAACCAGAAUUUCUUCAGUAGUCCAACUGCAACUGGAAUGGCCAAGAUGAACAUGGUACCAACUGCCAACAUGCCAAACUACAGCCCUGUGAGUGCUACAUCUGGAAUCUCACAGCCGACACAACACAACAGAUCCCCAGACUUGUCUGCUUUAGAUAGUCUUUUUGGUCCUCAAAAACCCAAAGUUAGUAUGAACCAAUUGUCACAACAAAAACCAAACCAGUGGCUUACUCAAUUUGUACCCCCUCAAGGUUCCCCGGGUGCAAGCAGUUCUGUUUUGGGACCACAGAUGAACACUCUAGGACAACCUGGUUUUGGUAUGCAGGGUAAUCCUUUCUUUAACCCUCAGAACUUUGCACAGCCAACAAACACCAUGACAAACAGCAGUUCAGCUAGCAAUGACUUAAAAGAUCUUUUUGGGUAAAAUGUCUUGCUUUCUUUUUCAAAGAUUGAUACAAUUUGAAUGAUGGGUAAGCUGAUUAACAUCUUUGUAUGAUUGGUAAAAAUUUGACUUGGGGAAACUUUCCACCUAGCAAAAUAAAGACUUGUACUGGAAAAAGAUUUUGUUUUCAGGCUGACCUGGUAAUGCAAUAGAAUCUCAUAAUUGUCAAGUUGUCUUAUGUGAUAAAUAAUCUUGGCCCUUUUUCCCCAACUUCAGGGUUUUAAGUCAGGCUACAUCAAUCUGCAUACAUCCAUGCACAAAGCAGAAGCUAAAUAUUUCAUAAUUGUUCAGAGAUUUGUUCCAAAUAGAUUUGGAUUUGUGUAGUUUUACUCCAUAAAUUGAACAAAAAUGGUUAAAUUGUAAUAAGCUAAUUUAUAUUGUUUAGUGCCCCCACAAUAUGCAAGUCUCUGUUCAAUGUGUGCUAAAUCCUGAUGUGGUGUUGAUUUGGAUAUCCUAAAUUUGGCAUGACCCUGAGUUGUACUAUGACACACCAUGGGAUUACACUGCAUCUAAUUGUCUGCUUCUUUUAGCCAUGUUGAAUGAAAAUGUCUCUAAUCAUGUAUAAGAGACUAAGGUUUUGAAGGGAAAUGUUUUGGCUUUCACUUUAUCUUGUUAGAGAGUAAGAAGGAUUAAUACAGCAGUAGUGUUCAACAAGAGUAAAGUGAUAAUGGUUAUCAUUCUAAUUCUCAUUAAAACAGAAUGGAGAUUUGGGAGUGAAAUUGUGAUAUUAACUCCUAAGCAAUAUCCAGUUUAGGACACAGAAAAGCACUGCUCCAAUAGUCAUGCUAGAUUAUAACUUGCUCCAUGAUUUUUGAUUCCCGAUUUUCAGCACCACAGUAAGAGCCAUGUACCAUUGAUGUUAAGCCUUUCUAAAUCCUGCUUAAAACAUGGCGGGUAACUUAGUCAAUCAUGUAUGUUGUAAGUGAAAUAUUUCUGUGUUUUAGUGGCUAAGACGAUCUGCCUCAAAAUUGGAUAUAGUUUGCGUAGUUACAUGGAAACAUUUUGGGUCACUUAACAUUUUCCAUCUGUAUUAGAGGAGACUGAAGAGGACUGCUCAAAACUAGUGAAAAAGCAGUCUGCCAUGAUUGCCUUGAUUUAAAAUAAACAAUUACUCAGAUUUUUUGCUGUCAAACUCUUAUGAAGGACAAAUGCAUAUGACGUGAAUUCUCAAGCAAAACUGUAAGCACUAGAUUUGGUGACUAGAUAACUAUUUUAAAUCCUUUUAAUGUAUUGCUCCAAAUUUAAUAAAGUUCUCCAGAAAAUUAAGCAGUAGUUUCUUCUGCUUCCAAACAGGUAGAUGUUCAGCUUGCCCAUGAUAGAAUCUCUGGUCUGACAGUUACUACAGUUUGGUUUUAACUCUUUCCUAGGAAAUUCAGGAACCUUCUUGUGUAAUAUUUAGAAGACUGGCUAUUUUGAGAAGGAAAGAACUAGUUAACUCUUUUUUUUUUUUUUUUAUAGAAAACUUGUACUUUAUUUUUCAAAGCCUUUUGCUGAUGAAAUUGUUCUUUCAUUUGCUGCUUAAGAAACCAAAGGGCCUUAUGCUGUAAAUGUGACUUGUAUUUUGUUAAAUUAUAUUUCCACAGUUUUAAGCGGUAAAAACGUUAACUGUGUCUUUUUAAAAAAAAACUGUAUUAUAACUACUGCCUUAGUCCUUUUGUUUUAAAAUAUCUGGGACCAGUGGGAAUUUUUUUUUUAAAUGCACAUUGUAUGUGCUGUUAUAUUUUUGGUAGAUAUUGUAGGUUACAUUGAAUUAGCAGCAUAAUUUAAAUGCGUUACUAGGACUACUGAAUGUUUGAUACAUAUAUGGUUAAUAACAUUCUAUACUGUGGGUGAUCCUAAUGUCUUUUUUUAUAUAAAUCAACUUGCACAUCUGAUUUCUGAGAGAUGUACUUUAUUAGGGCAAUCUAAGGCAAGACUUUGAAGAAUUACUUGAGUCUGCAUUCUUCUGAAUUAUGUGGGAAAUAAAACAGUGUUAAAAAAUUACCACUGUUAAUACAGUUUAUUGUAAAAUCUCAUAUCCAUGGUAGAGAUGCACUCAAGCCAAAAAAUUCUAAUCUGGAUUUUGACCACUCCUGUGCUCGUGACCGUCCCACACAUAGAGUUUGGGGGCAUUAGGAUUUUGAUUCAGCCUAUUAGAGAGAGGGGACAGUUGCAAAAUUUGGAAUUUUGGGUCCAUGGUUUUAGUUGGGCCAAUCUCCAAUUCAAAGUAUAGGGUAGUUCUUUGUAAACUAUUUUUAUGCUCUGUAGGGUUUAUUUGAGAGAGAGAGAGAGAGAGAGAGAGAGAGAGAGACUGUACCAGAGGUAAUAUACUGGAUAAAUGUUUCUGUCUGGCUUGAAUAAUUUGAAAUUUUUUUGGUGCAACACUUUGGUGCAAAAUUUGUUUCCCUGUGAAAUGAGGCAUAGCUUCCAAAAUCCCCAGAGUUCUAUGCCUCCGAAAUGCUUCUUGGGCUCUGUAACAACAGGGAUUGUUUACGAAGCUGACUCUAUCUCCAGCUGCUUUUGCUCACCCCCAAGCACAAUGAAGGGUUGAACUGCAGACAGUAGUAUAGCAUGCAGUCUAAGUUAAUACUACUGGAUCAGCAAUAACCUAUAUAUCUGGAAUCCGCAGAGGUAUUAGGAAGGGAUAGGGGAGAAAUACAGAGACAAUGUUACAGAAGAUGGCCAUGCCUCAGGCCUGCCAUUUUCCUAGUGAAGGAGGGACUUCCAUGGGUUCAAAGGUAAGUUGGGAAGAUGGGUCACACCUAUACUGCCCCUUCUUUAUUUUCUGUAUCUGUUUUUUUUCUCUCUCUCUCUCUCUCCAUGCAUUUAGCCCUCAAAUAGAAUGGAGAUUUGCUUUGAAAUUGAUAUUCGCUCUAGGCAAUGUGUAGAAAAUAUUCAUAUUUGUUUCACCAAAAUAAUCAUGCACUGGUGUUGUGUUGCCUUGAACAAUAAUCCAGGUUUUACAUUUCUGCCCUUCACACUGAAAUGAACUUAAAAAAUAUGUGCAAACAUUGCAUGCAUCAAGUACAUUUGUUUAUGUAACUCCCCAAUCCUGCACUUAAAUCUGUGUGAUCAGACCUCCAUUGACUGCAAUAGAGUUCUGCAUGGGUCUGGCUCUUAGUUGAGGAUUGCAGUCCAGAUGUGUCGUAACUCGUAUUUGUUAGAACUGAAAAUUGGACUGAAUAUAUCAAAGCAAAAAAGGGAUGAGGAAGCAAGUUUCCUUUUGAUCCACUUCACUGCCACUUUUUUAGUGUAAAAGACAAAAUAUAAACACUGGGGAAAUAUAGAUGCAUUUCCUCUGUGUGUGAGCAUUAGUUGUCGUCCUGCUAUUCUGCCAUGCAGUAUAAAUUAGUGACUAUAAACCUAUUCAUAGGCUUCUGGUUCAGACCCUUUUGUACUCUGGAGAAUUCUGUGAAAAACAAACAAAAUCAGUAAAACAAAUUAGCCUUUUAAAUGGGGCCACAGUAUUUAACGGCUUGAAGAACUUGCUCAACUGGGACUGGCAGAAAGUUUGCCUGGACAAGUGAGCUGAGUGGGGGCCAUGGAACUGCCGACUCCUUUCCUGGGAGGGUGGGAGCUGAGUAGCUCCUGAGCUGAUAUCUUUUUCUGGAAUCCCAGAGUGGAAGUGGGGAACAGAGCUGCUGCUGCUUUUCCCCUAAGGGUGGGGGAUAUGGAGUGGAGCUGCCUAUGUGGAAGACCAAGGACCUCUUGCAUAUGUAGAAGGGUAGUAGCAUCCGAGGAGCCUUGCAAAAAGGUACUGAGCAUCCAUUAUUGAAAAGGAGGGCAAAUUUAAUUGGGGGAGUGGGUAGGGUAUCAGUUGACUAUGGGGGGCACAGUUGGCUGUUGUGAGGGAGGGAAGAUGUGGUAAUGUGAACGAAACAGGUGUGUUCUUGGGUCUUGAGGGGUUUGACAGUACAGGUACUUUAUACUAAGGCUCAGCAGGCUUGGUCUUUGGACAAAUAGGUGUCAAAUAUUUCAAUUUUUGUAUUGAAACACAGUUGUUGUUUUUUCUUUAAAGUCUUGUCUUCCUAGGGACCUACACUGUUGUGACACAUUAUUUUGGAGCUUUCUUAAAUACUGCAUUUGUCUUUGUAAGAAAUGAAAAUAUGGCAAGGGAAAGAUUCAUUUGCUGCUGAUUUUGUAUCAUACUUUGUAUGUACGUGUAUUUAGAUGCCAUGAUACCACUUGUCUUGGUUACAUUUCACAGUGAGAUCAAAAAUGAAAUGUGAGAGUAUAGAUUGAAGUCAAAUUUCACCCAUCUUCCAGGUAAAAAAAGGAUGAUUUUCUUUCUCUGCGUUACGAUUCGUGUGUGUAAAUGUGUUUAAUAUGCCAAUAUCUACCUGAAUUGCAGAAGAAAGGGAAUAGAGUUUCUUCCUAAAAUAAGCAUAUGAACACUUGAUCUCAAUCUUGGACUUGAGAAGUAACUUCUUUGUGGUGUUUUUGAGUUGAUUGGCUUGUGCAGUUCAAGGUUAAAGAAAUGCCCUGUUAAAAUGUUUGUGUGUUUGUAACCCUGUGUCCAUUUUAUGUUUGUUCUCUGCAGUGUGAGAUUCAUUUUAUUUACUGAUCAUUUCUGUUUUGAAACAGCUUUCCGGGUAAAUUCUCCCAAACUAUCUGGUUUGCAAUGAGAUUCUGCUUUGUACCUCUCAUUCCAAUAGGAUUUGACUGAUGUACAAGGAAGUCACAGGAGACAUUAGAGACUAGGAUUAGUACCCCCAAGUCCCCUUAACGUUCCAGUCCUUGCAACAAAAAUCAAUAGAAUAAAUGGGUCCCUGAUAUUGAAUUGGAAGUGGUUUGUUCUCAUAAGUGCUAAAAUUCAGGCAGUUCUAACCACUGUACAGAUCUUCAGGCUUGAAGUUGUAAAUCAAAACUGCUUUAAUGUAUUAUAGUGAACUCGGGCCUUGGGCAGGAUAUUUAAUAGAGUAUUUGUUUACUUGUCUAAUUGUACAGUCUGUAUUUAGUGGCAGUUUUAUGUUUAGACUGUAAAGCAUUAAAAUUCUCAUGAAGUGUGUAAAGUGAUGUUACUAUAGUGUCAGCUGCAAUUCACGAUCAGCAGAACUGUCAUAGCAUGACAUUGUAUUUUGGUUUAUUGGUCAUCACAGUUCUUCAACAAUAAAUUUAUUCUUGUAUCAACUUUUAGAUUGGUAAUCCUAAAAAAAUGUAAAAUGCACAAUGAGUUUAAAGAAAUUCAUACCACUUUGUACUGUGAAUGAAAAUGGUGUAGUUUUGAAAUCUGAACGAGGUUGCUUACUAAAAUAAAUGAAUUUUUCAUAUUUUCA